AUGCUAGGUCUCGAAUUGAUAGCUGAGACAACAAAGAAAAUCAAGAGAAUCAGAGCCAGAAUUCUCACUGUGCAAAGUCGUCAGAAGAGUUAUGCAAAUCGACGGAGAAAGCCGUUAGAGUUUGAAGAGGGUAAACAUGUAUUCUUGAGAGUUACUCCCAUGACAGGCAUUGCAAGAGCUAUUAAAACAAAGAAGUUGAAUUCUCGAUACAUUGGUCCAUUUAAGAUCUUGAAAAAUAUUGGUUCCGUGGCGUAUCAAGUGGCUUUGCCACCAAAUCUUUCAAAUUUACAUGACGUGUUCCACAUUUCACAACUUCAAAAAUAUACUCCAGGCACGACUCAUGUAUUGGAGCCCGAGACUAUUCAGUUGAAGGAGAAUCUUACUUUUCAAGUUACUCUGGUUCGUAUUGAUGAUGUGAGCAUUAAGAAGCUCCGUGAAAAAGAAGUCCAAUUGGUUAAGGUGACUUGGAGUCGAUCAGGUGUUGAGGAAAAUACUUGGAGUUGA